UUUUUGGUAUUUUCCAGUGACAUUUAAGAGAAGCAAAAUAAAACCAGCUGUCAGAUAUACAGCAAAUCUUGUUUGAUCGAAAGAACACGUAUGUUAGUGUAAUUUAACCUUGUACAGUAGUUUUACAUUCGGUUAUUUUGUUUAAAUUUCGUUGUGUUCAUAACUGGCAACAAACUGUGGUUUUCAGCAAGUGAUAAAAGUUAUGAUAAAGUACUGUGUUGAUUAGUAGUUUUAUUUUUGUUAUAAUGGCCAACACAAAAUGCAAAGAAUGUGGCUGCGAGUGUAAAAAGUGCGGCGACCACGAUGUUCAGCUGCAUGUUGAGAUAGAGAAUCUCAAGCAGAAGCUGUUUGAAAGGGAGAGCCACAUAGUGACAAUGGAAACCAAUUUCCUGAAUGAGGCCAAUAAAUUUCCUAGUGGUGAGCUGGUGGCACUCAGGGAUGAGCUUCUGACAUGGCAAGACAAGUACAAAAGAUUGUAUGAGGCACACCGAAGAGUCCAAAGAGUUAAUCAAGGUUUGGAGGAUAAAUUGCUUAAGCUGGUGGAUGUGUGUGAAACUGAUAAAACAACAUUGACAAAAGAUGUGGCAACCUUAUCCCACAAACUUGCUGAGGCCAAUUACUCCAUUAAAAAAUUGUCUGAGGACAAUGAGAGAUAUAAGAAUGAUUUAUCCCUGGCUAUCCAGUUUCUGCAGUGCAAACAAAGUAACUUUGUUUCACAAAAGUAUGAUUCACUGUCGCCCGAAGUCCAGUCUCAAGUCUCCAUGUUCAUGACGACGAAACGAAAACCGGAGGAGCGUCGCACACCUCCGGAAGUGCGGAGCAUCAAAGUCAACAUUCCCACGUUCCCGCCCACGGCCAUGGUCUACUCAGUGCCCAAAUCGCCUAAGCCGGACCGCAAGGCUCCCGUUGAGGAACCGGCGGACCAGCAGGUGGACAUCGUGUCCGCCGCCAUAAUGGCCAAGGUCCUGGAGGAGAGGCAGAAGGAGCGGGCGACCGCCAAGCACUGCGACACGUGCACAUGUGCCAAGAACCUGAAGAUCAUACACGACGUGACGCACCACAGCGUCGGGACACAGACGGGGGAGUAUCGGGAGAUGCUGUGCCUCAGGUGUAACGAUUUGGUUCAGCUUCACAGCUCGACAAAUGUGAAACUGGUUCGUGGCGUAGACACCACCACAACCGCAACCAAAGUGCCAACGGAACCGGAACCGAUACAACAGAACGUGGUGAAGGUGCACCCGAAUAAUUUCCUCGCCGACGAAAAGUCGAAAACCACCACCUCGAAUAACAGCAGCCUAAUUGACCUGCGGACUAAUUCCGAUAAUUGUUCGCCGAGGAAUGAUCUGUCCAACCCCAAUAACAACGUGAGCAGCGACACCAGCGGCUACCAGGACGUGAUGUUUUAUAACGUGAACGAGAAACGGUCGCCCAAGAUACAGAACACGGUGACCCAUCACAGAUUGUGCGACAAGGCGUCGCCCACUUACGAGAUCGAGAGGGACAAGGCGGAUUUGGAGAAGAAUGUCGACAAGUUGAGUGCCAAAAAUUCAUCUUCCGAUAAUUUACGGGGACCCAGGUAUUGCUCGAUGAGACUGCAGAGCGGCUCGCGCAACAUCCUGCUGGACAACACCCACAACAACGUCGCCCCGGUCCUCUACACCCGGGGCCCUCGCUCCCGCAAGGACGACGACGACGCCACCCGCCUCGCCGACUCGGAGUCGGGCAGCGAGCGCAACAUAUCGCUGAUCAGCGAGAACUCGGCGCAGAACCAGCAGCGCGUGGCCGCCUGGAUCGAGACGACGAUGGAGAACAACGACUUGAUAAGAGCACAACAAUGAGAGAAACUGGAAAUUGUUUGUGACAAUCUAAAAUACCUACGAUGGCAUACGGUUUUGCGUGAGGGAACUUUAAUCUCUAAACUGGUGUAUACAAGGUAAUGUUUAUUUUUUCUUAAAUCAUAACUGAAAAUUUCAUUGUGACUAACUAACAAACAUAUCUGGAUCUACAAUUUUUAAAAUCAUAUACUAACAUACAUUUUCUUUGCUUUAACCAAUUGCACCACAUUUAUUAUAGACAUCACAACAAUAUUUUAAAAAUUUGAAUCACAUAUAAAUAUGUCCAAAUAGCUGCUUUAUCCAAUACUUAUGUUAGCAAUAAGACACCUCUAGUCAGCAGACGAUAAACCUAUAACGAAGAAUAAAACAAUGAAGGCAAGAUAAAGAAGUAUUUUGGAGUAUUUAACUGUAAAUACUGGUUGAACUAUUAAAUCAAAGUAUUAAAAACACACAGUAAUUGCCCAGUAUACCCAUUAAUCACAUUUCAAAUAAAAUCGAACUAGUCACAAUCAAAAUAGUGCAAAUUUUGGUAUGCCAUUGUACAUUGAGAAAUAGAAGAAAUAUUUUGAAAAAAAAAAGAAAAAUUGGAUAUAAGCUGUGAUUAUACAUGUAACGUGAGAUUUUUAUUAUAAUAAUAAUAAUAAUAAUAGUAUAUAGAUAAGUAUGUAAAUGUAUCCUGACCAAAAGAUGUACCUACUUUUUAUGUUUUAUUUAUUUAUAACGUUUUAUGUAAAAAUUGUAAUUUUAUAUUAGUAAAUUUGUAAUUUUAUUUUUAUAACACAAUGCAUAUGUGCACAAUAUUGAUUUAAACGCAUAAUAAAGAAUUGAUUUUAAUGCGAUGAAUAGUUGGAUGUAUCGUAGAUUAAUAGGGUAUUUGUUUAACGACUGAUUUAAUGUACGAUAUCCUUGUAUCUGUAGAUACUUUUAAAAUUUAGUAUAAUAUAUAUGUGAAAACGUCUUCUACAUUGUAAAAAUAUAUUAUAUUGGUAGAUGUAAAUAAAGUAAUUUUAUGAUUUAAA